CUCCGCCCACCGGCUCGGAUGAGCUGAACCGCAGGGAUUAGACAGCUCUGUACCGGGGACAAUGAACUUCCUGCGGCGGGGUAUCCUGAUUCCAGCGGGGUCUCUGACCAAGACCCUCUGCCGCUCGUACAGUGCCGUGGUACCCAAAGCACUGGAGCGCACGCUGGUUGCGGUGAAGCCAGAUGGGGUCCAGAGGAGAUUGGUGGGUGAGGUUAUUAAGCGCUUUGAGCAGCGCGGAUUCAAGCUAGUUGGACUGAAACUGUUGCAAGCCUCAGAAGCGAUUUUGGCUGAACAUUACCACGACCUGCGCAGAAAGCCGUUUUACCCAUCGCUCAUAAGAUACAUGGCUUCUGGACCUGUAGUAGCUAUGGUCUGGGAAGGGCACAAUGUGGUGCGUUCCUCACGCAUGAUGGUCGGAGAUACAGACUCUGCGCAGGCAAAACCAGGCACCAUAAGAGGGGACUUCAGUGUCCACAUCAGCAGGAACGUGAUUCACGCCAGCGAUUCACUGGAGGUAGCUGAGCGGGAGAUCAGUUUGUGGUUUCACAGCGGCGAGCUGGUCACUUGGGACACCAAUGACCACAAUGACUUGUACCAAGUUUGAUGCUAAACUUCGGUUCCUCUGCACAUCUAGAUACGCACAACUACAUCAGAUCCUACUGAGGAGCCCAGAAAAAAAAUAGUUAAUCUACAGGAAGAAGCAAUAUUAAAGGGACAUUUAAUUAAAAUAUUCUAUAUUUCAUGUAUAUGAAAAAUGUUAACUUGAAAGCUGUUUGUUGUGAAUUAACUGGCAGCGUACAAGAGUUCUCUGGAAUAGGUCACUGGUUUAUAAGGAAAACUCCUACAUCUCUGUUGGUGGAUAGUGACACUCUCUACAAGCAUGUUUUCCCUGCGUAUAGAAGCAUGUUUUUUUGCAAGUACAAAUGAGUAAUACUUUUUAAAAUGUCAUCUUUUUAGAUAAAGCAAAUGGGGGGGAAAAAAUGCCUUUGACGUACAUAAAAUUGCAAUACACAUAAAUGCAUUAACAUUUUUGAAAAGUCAUCUCUUUCCUAUAUACAUCUAUUAAUAAAAGUGCUGCUAGUUAUCACUGCUUCAGUGACAGACUGUAUUGGGUACAGAGCAUAUGUAAAUAUGUACAAUGCUCCUGAAUUCAAACAUAGUUCCUGCUCUGUUUUCGUUUGCAUUAUCACUGAUAAAUACAUACUACGUCCGGCUCACUGAGUAGGUACAUAUGCUCUGUGCAUAGUAAAUGCUAGCACUGAAACAGUCAUACAAAUGAUUUUUGCUGAAGUGUAAUGAAAUUUUUUUAUUCUUUUUAGCAUUGAAGUGUUUACAUUUUUGGUUUGUCAUCUUUAGACCCUUCCCAUCAUAAUAUAUUCGGUUUCAUUAACCACC